GUUAUCGCUAUUUUAUAGUGUCCCGAUAGCAAUUUUUAUAUUAAAUGUGCGACGAUGUUAUGUAAGAACACAUACUAAAAUGGCGCAUUAAAAUGGAUUUACUUUUUAUUUUCAAAUUGUGUAUUUUAUUAUCACAUUUUGAAAGAGUAUGGACGAAACCCAAUGGAGAGAUCGAUGACUUCAUAAAUAAAUUACUAAGGUCUGAUAAAUUCGACGAACUUGCCGAGCAAGUGGCUGAGAAAGCUGCUCGAAAGAUCUUUGAUUUAGACCAUAUCAGAAUAUCGCAUAACAUAAAAGCCAAGCAGGAAAAACCUUAUAAAACUAAGCAUAAAACACUUCGUGAAAGAAAUAAGGACGACAGCUCAGAAGAAAAUAUUAAAGAAAAGCCAAUAAAAAUGGUAUAUGCUGAAAAGGUUAUAAAAGAAAUACAGGAACCGACUACAAAGGAAGAAUUAAAAGUAAAACAAACUGUAAGUAAAGAAAUUCCUUCGUCUAAAGAGCAACUGCCUUUAAAAUUUAAAAAUCUAUCAAAAGCAUCCAGAGGCAAUGGUAAUAAACACCAGGACAUUGACAACGAUGGUAACGUACGCGAAAGUAGAAUUAAUUUCGAAACAACCGAAAGAUUUGAUAGAAAAGAUAAGCAACUUAAAAGUCGAUUCGAAAAAGUCAACAAUCAUGAAAAGGAAUCUCAAAUUAAAGGUAAAUCAUAUAUGAGUUCUGAAAAUGAGAAAAUAUCUCAUGAAGAUACGAAUGAAGAAAAAGGACAUAACAGCGAAGGUGGUGAUAAAAAGAAUGAAUCCGUUUCCGAAAAAAGAAAUAGAUCCGGUUCUGAAGAAAGAAAUAGAUCUAAUCUAACUCCCAAAACAGAUAUCGAAAAUAGUAAUAUAAGUAAUGAUUCGAAUGAAAGAAAUGAAUCUCAAAAUCAAGUAUUAAGCCUGGAAAGAGACAACGGCACACUAAACAAAGAAAAACAAAUAUCGAAGGAAAACGCAGUACAGAAAAUCGGCAAUCGCGCUAAAGAUACAUCUGAGGUAGAAAAAGAGAGAGAUUCAAGCGAAGAGAGUGUCGAAGAUGUAAGAAAAAGUUUUAGUAUGACUACAAGAAAACUAAUUAUUCGUCGCGAAGGCGAUAAAUUGAUUGCUUUUGAAAAUCAGUCGGACUACAAAGAAUACGAAGAGAAAGUUGCAAAUCAGAAAAUUGAAAAGAAAGAUAUUAUACUCUGAUUUUUUCAGUCGGAUACCCUUAAAUACCCACCAGUUAUUAACAACAGAUUAGGUCCAAUGGUUCUAUGUUUGUGUAGGUACAUAAUACAAUGUUAUUUUACUGAAUUAACAUAAUGAACGUUUUAAAUUGUAGACUAUUUAUGUUUACAUUAUAAAUUUAUCCAAAUAAUUUCCUCCCUUCGUCUAAUCUGAUUAUAAUUAACAUGAUGUUUUUCCUUGUGGAAUUUUAAGACUUUUAUAUCUAAAAGUCAUUGUUAUAGUACCCAUUAAAUGUUUCUAAGUUU